AUGUCAUUAAACCACUCAACAAACUGGACCAACAAAACAGGCUUCAAAUUUUCCACAAGCAAAUCAGAGUUUAUGAUCUUUACCCUAAAAAUAAAAUCCAACUGGAGACAGCAAGAUUAUUUCUCAAUAACAAUGAACUACAACGGGCCUAGUUGGAAAGGAUUAAGUUUAUACGUUUUUCUCAAGUUUCAUUAA